AUGCCACGUGCUUUAUGGACAGCGUGGGUCUGGGCUGUCAUCAGCCUGUCCACAGAAGGAGCCUCUGAUAAGGCUUCUUCUCUGUCUUGUGACCCAGCUGGUGUCUGCGAUGGCCAUUCCAGAUCUUUAAACUCCAUCCCCUCUGGUCUCACGGCAGGUGUGAAAAGCCUUGACCUGUCCAACAAUGAGAUCACCUAUGUCGGCAACAGAGACCUGCAGAGGUGUGUGAACCUGAAGAUUCUGAGGCUGGGGGCCAAUGAAAUUCAUACGGUGGAGAAAGAUUCUUUUUUUCACCUGAGGAGUCUUGAAUAUUUGGACUUAUCCUAUAAUCGCUUAUCUAACUUAUCAUCCUCCUGGUUCAGGUCCCUUUAUAUCUUGAAAUUCUUAAACUUACUGGGAAAUUUAUACAAAACACUUGGAGAAACAUCUCUUUUUUCUCAUCUCCCAAAUCUGCGGACCCUGAAAGUAGGAAAUAGUAACAGCUUCACUGAGAUUCAUGAACAGGAUUUCACUGGACUGACUUUUCUUGAGGAGCUUGAGAUCAAUGCUCAAAAUCUGCAGAUAUAUGCGCCAAAGAGUUUAAAGUCAAUCCAGAACAUUAGCCAUCUGAUUCUUCAUCUGAAGCAGCCUGUUUUACUCCUGGACAUUCUUGUAGAUAUUGUAAGUUCCUUAGAUUAUUUAGAACUGAGAAAUACUAAUUUACACACUUUCCAUUUUUCAGAAGCAUCCAUCAGUCAAAUGAAUACAUCAGUUAAAAAGCUUAUAUUUAGAAAUGUGCAAUUCACCGACGAAAGUUUUGUUGAAGUUGUCAAACUGUUUAACUAUGUUUCUGGGAUCUUAGAAGUAGAGUUUGAUGACUGUACCCAUGAUGGAAUUGGCGAUUUUAGAACACUGGCUUUGGACAGAAUUAGAUACCUAGGGAACGUGGAAACACUGACAAUACGGAAGUUGCACAUUCCACAGUUUUUCUUAUUUCACGAUCUGAGUAGCAUAUAUUCACUCACAGGCACAGUUAGAAGAAUCACGAUAGAGAACAGCAAGGUGUUUCUGGUUCCCUGUUUACUUUCACAGCAUUUAAAGUCAUUGGAAUAUCUGGAUCUCAGUGAAAACUUAAUGUCUGAAGAAACCUUGAAAAACUCAGCCUGUGAGAAUGCCUGGCCCUUCCUUCAAACCUUGGUUUUAAGGCAGAAUCGUUUGAAAUCACUAGAAAAAACUGGAGAACUUUUGCUUACUCUGAAAAAUUUGACUAACCUUGAUAUCAGUAAGAAUAAUUUUCUUUCAAUGCCUGAAACUUGUCAGUGGCCAGGAAGAAUGAAACAGUUGAACUUAUCCAGCACGAGGAUGCACAGUUUAACCCAGUGCCUUCCCCAGACCCUGGAAAUUUUAGAUGUUAGCAAUAACAAUCUUGAUUCAUUUUCUUUGAUUUUGCCGCAACUCAAAGAACUUUAUAUUUCCAGAAAUAAGCUGAAGACUCUACCAGAUGCCUCCUUCUUACCUGUGUUAUCAAUUAUGAGAAUUAGCAGAAAUGUAAUAAAUAGUUUCUCUAAGGAACAACUUGAUUCUUUUCAACAACUGAAGACUUUGGAGGCCGGUGGCAACAGCUUCAUUUGCUCCUGUGACUUCCUGGCCUUCACGCAGGGGCAGCAGGCACUGGCCCGUGUCCUGGCCGACUGGCCGGAUGACUACCGCUGCGACUCUCCCUCCCACGUGCGGGGCCAGCGGGUGCAGGACGCCCGGCUCUCCCUUUCUGAGUGCCACAGGGCGGCCGUGGUGUCCGCUGUGUGCUGUGCCCUCUUCCUGUUGCUGCUGCUCGCAGGGGUUCUGUGCCACCGUCUCCACGGACUGUGGUACAUGAAGAUGAUGUGGGCCUGGCUGCAGGCCAAGAGGAAGCCCCGGAAGUCUCCCCGCAGGGACAUCUGCUACGACGCCUUUGUGUCCUACAGUGAGCGGGAUUCGUACUGGGUGGAGAACCUCAUGGUCCGGGAGCUGGAGCACUUCAACCCUCCCUUUAAGCUGUGUCUUCAUAAGCGAGACUUCGUUCCUGGCAAGUGGAUUGUGGACAACAUCAUUGACUCCAUCGAAAAGAGCCACAAAACCAUCUUUGUGCUUUCGGAGAACUUUGUGAAGAGCGAGUGGUGCAAGUAUGAGCUGGACUUCUCCCAUUUCCGUCUCUUUGAUGAGAACAAUGAUGCUGCCAUUCUGAUUCUGCUGGAGCCGAUUGACAAGAAGGCCAUCCCCCAGCGCUUCUGUAAGCUGCGGAAGAUCAUGAACACCAAGACCUACCUGGAGUGGCCCACGGAUGAGACUCAGCAGGAAGGGUUUUGGUUAAAUUUGAGAGCUGCAAUAAGGUCCUAG